AUGAUUUAUGAUUAUCAAACAUCAAAUAUGGCUUCUUGUGUUAUUGACAUUCUUUUCUCCAAGAUCGAUUCAACUUCAAAUGAACGUGAAAAACUUCUAGAUGAAAUUCGAUCAUAUCGAAAACAGUUAGGAAGUAAAAAUGUAAUAGGAAAAUCAUUAACUGUAGUAAAUGGAGAAAUAGUGCAAUUUGUCGUUAAUGAUCGAUCACAUCCUCAAUCGGCAGAAAUUUAUGCUGAACUUAAUCGUUUAACGAUUAAACUUCUUGAAGAUGGUUAUAUAUUUGAUCCACGUUGGAUCAGUCGUAAAUUACGAAAAGAUGAAACUAUUAUAUCUGUAUUAUGUAGUCAUAGUGAAAAACUUGCAUUAGCUUUAAAUUUGAUUCAAAAACCUAGUCCAUCUUUUAUUCAGAUAACGAAUAAUCUUCGUCUUUGUGGUGAUUGCCAUGAAUUCAUGAAACGAGUAGCUAAACUUCGACAAUGUGAAAUUGUUAUACGUGAUGCAAAUCGUAUUCAUCGUUUCAAGACAAAUGGUGAAUGUUCUUGCAAAGAUCAUUUCUAA